CGCGCUGAACGUUCUGCUCAUCGUUGUUACUGUUUAUUUCUUGGAUUCUGGGUGCGAGGAAUGAACGGACAACGACUGGCUGCGGGAGUGAGGGGGACGCUGAACGCACCACGUCAGGCGCAGAUUGUACCAAGAUGUAUCGCACGACCAGCAUGCAACUACUCGAGUUCGUCAUUGUUAAUUUCUAGUUUGAAUGACCUCAACUCCCCCCGACUGGCACGACAUCAUCCACCCCGAAUACCCCGGGCGCGUGUGGUCCGAUCUCAGUCAACAGACGCCUCCUCCCACCGUGCUCCCUCAUCCCCCUUCCCCUCUCCAUAUGACGAGCAAUCCCCUCCCCCAGCCACAAACUACGUGCUAGACGACUACGUCUCCCGCUCGCUGAACGCCAACCCAGGCGCAACGGCCAGGCGCCAUCGGACGCGUUCUGACCGCCCGCCCGUAGCGCAUGCCGACCCCUUCCACAAACGAAGUCUGCACCCUAUUGCCCCGUGCACGAAUGCCGAGGUCGUCGAGUACUUCCGGCAGCUGUUGGACCCCCUGGAAUUUUCAGAACAGUUCGCGGCGAGGUUGGUUACCCAUACGAGCUGGGGAGGCGGGAUGGAGGGCCAUAACGGCCGGUUUAUCUUCCUUGGACGACGGUUCCUCCGAGCGAACAUGUUCAUGUUCCUCCAAUCGGCCGAGGUGCAUGCACCUGAGUCCAAGUUCGUCGUUCCCCCAUGGAGCGAAGAGAUCGAAGCGGCAAGCCAGAAGAUGUUGGAGACGCACAUCCUAGGGCGGGAUAUUGGCAGUGCUUGGGAGCUAGAAAGAGUCAUGCGAUGGGUCCCAAUCAUGCCCGACUCAACAGAUCGAGAACGCAUCUUCGUCUCUUCUGGUCUGUACAAAGUGCGCGGCGCUACAGUAGAAGCUGUGAUGGGUGGGAUCCUACACCAGUACGGGGGGUUGGUCGCCCAUCGCGCAUUCCAGACGCGUAUUGUUCCCCACCUCUGGCAACAUCUGCCUUUAUCUUAUCAGCGGACAGCGGAAGAGCUGGCAGAGAGGAUGGGCGGACCAAAAGCUAUGCUUCUCAUUCCCCCGGUUACACCGUCAGUAUCAUCGGGUGAGCCGAUCGAGCCGCAGGUGGAGAAGGAAGAGAAGCAGCGCCCACCGCUAUUCCCAGACGACGCGAGAACGGUCAAGGAGGCAAGAGGGGAAAUGCAGAGAAGCAAGCCGGCAGAGGCGGUAAAACCAGCACCUAGUCAUAACAAAAUGCUCCUAAUGAUAUAG